AUGGUCAAUCCAACCUGGAGGAAAUCUGACAAGAUGUCUUUAGUCUCCAUUCCAACAGAGAUUAUCAUGCUGAUAACAAGCAAUCUGGAGUCGUCGAAGGAUAUUUUCAGUCUUCUACGAGCUAGUUGCAAGCUCUACAGUCUCCUCAUCAGCGAGCUUUACGAGAGAAAUGUCAAGUCCGAAGGUGGAUCUGCUCUUGUGUGGUACGCGAGAAACGGGUACCGACUAGGAGUUCGAAACAUGCUGACUGCCGGCGCAAAUCCCAACCUUCGAGACUCAAGUCGGGCACAGUCAACACCUCUCCUGGAAGCUAUACGUUACAAUCAUGUUGAGAUCGUGCAAAUCCUCCUCAAAAACAGAGCCUUGCCAAAUGCGGCAAAUCUCUAUUCGGAGAGGCCUUUGACUUUGGCGACGAGGGGCCGUAGCGACACAUUCAUUACUGAGCUGCUCAUUGAUCAUGGAGCCGCGGUGAAUUCGGUUGCAUUUGACAAACGUGCUCCGCUUGUGGAGGCUAUCCGCUCAAACCAGACAGCCAAGGUAGCGGUGCUUUUGAGGCAUGGGGCCGAUAUACACAUUUUGAAUGGCCGAGAAGCAAUGAGUCCCUUGCAUAUUGCGGCUGCAAAGAAUGUUGCGCCGGCAAUUCUAAAGAUGCUACUAAAUGCUGGGCUGUAUGUGGACUCUCUCGACAGACAGGGGAGAACUCCGUUACAAGUGGCAGUGGCUCAUUCAAGUAUACGUGCUGUACGGAAACUACUGGAAUACGGCGCCAAUGCAAGUUUCAAAAAUAUGAGUGAAUAUUGGAGGGGAUGGACUGCCCUGUUCUUUGCUUUGAAACCCAAAAGCACGAAAAAUGAUAACAGAACCAUCAUUCGAACUCUCAUCAUGCAUGGUGCGCCGGUAGACUCUAGCAACUAUGCGCACGAGACACCUCUACUAUAUGCGGUCUCCCGGGGAGCUACCAAGCAAGCUCAAAUACUCCUUGAAUACGGUGCAAGCAUUACGGUAAAGAAUUAUUUUGGAGAAAGUGUCCUACACCUGGCUGCUUGGUCAUUCAGCUGCCAUUCCAAUAUGAUAAGCCUGCUUGUGGAAAGUGGAGCUGAUGUGAAUUGCUCCAGCGGUAGGGAUGGCGAAAGUCCACUCUUUUAUGCGAUGCGAGGCUCUCCUUGUUCAAAAGCAGCGGAGAAAGUUCAACUUCUUCUAUCACUCGGUACUAAUGUAGACUUUCAAAAUAUUGAUCGGCUGACCCCUCUCUCUCUUGCCGCGCAGAUGUGCUCCGUCGAACUUGCAAACAUCUUACUCAAACACGGAGCUCGUGUUAAUUCGCGAGACAAGCAAGGAAAGUCCCCCCUUCAUCACAUUGCCGAGGCAAAUUUUGGUUCUGCUUCAAUGGUCCAAAAAUUUGCUGCACUUCUCAUCCAACACGGGGCCGACGUGAAUUCCCGUGAUAAUUUUGGUUAUACACCACUGCAUAGAGCUGUUGCAAGGGAGUGGAUAUGGGAGACAGCUGGAGAUUUAUUGAAUGCUGGCGCCGAUCGAUGCGCCAUGUCUGAUGAUGGAAAAUAUCCUUAUGAUAUGGUACCUGCUGGCCCUUGGGCGGAGACUCAACGCCUGUUUCUCCGCCAUUACCCCGUUUGA